AACAGGAAAAAAAAAGCAAAUAACACUUCUCAGCAGCUCGGGCUGUUGAUUACGAAGCUGAAAUGUGGAAAUUAUGACAGGAAAUCUCUUGGGGAUGUGUUGCAGAGACGAGAGUUGACUUCCUAUUCUAGCUCUGCUGGUAUUUUGAGCUCUUAAGCAACACGUUCCCUGCAAGAAGGAGAGAGAAGCACAAGAAGGCGAACGCUGAAGUAUGGUCAGAAGCUUCUAAUUGAGAAAAAGGAAGACAUGGCAGUGCAUGCUUCUGUUAAUGGGACAACAGCCAUCCCAUGGAGGGGCAGCAGAAAGAAACUUUCACUGCUGGAGAAACUCAGGAGCUGUCAGGAUGCCUGGUGUCCUGGGGCCCCCUGGGACCGGGAUCGGGCCCAUGCUGCUAUCAGCGGAGCACCAGCUGGGAGUUUCCUGGUCGUACGGGACUCUGUGACGUCUCAGCCCUGCCUACUUUGUGUUUCUGCAGGGGAUCAGAAUGGAGAAGUUCUGGAUUAUAACAUGAACUGCACCGGGACAGCCUUCCAGGUCUCUGCGUCUCGUCUGUCUUUCUCAGAGUUGCCUCAGCUGGUGCUUUUCUACUCUCUGUCCAGGGAUGUUUUGGCUGUCUGCCUGUCCAUUCCCAGUUUGAUCUACAGCAAAAGUGAGAUGAACAAAGAUCAUCUCUCCCAGCUUGAACCUAAUACUUGGUUGUCCCCACCACCUGAGUAUCAGACAGAAGAAGUGCCCCAAAAGGAGCCAAGCCACGUGAUGUGCUCCAUACAGCUGACUUCCUCCAAUGGAGCCUUGUGUAUCAUAAAUCCCCUCUACAUUCAUGAACAUGGAGACGAGUGGUUGACUCACAAGCCGGCGGGUUUACAGCUGUCACACAUCCGGCGAGAACGACGCCUAAGCACCACUCGGACCUGGGCAGGGGCCGGGAUACAAAGCAAACGAGCCACCUCAUUGGACCAGGAAUCCAAAUAUUCCAACACAGAGGCUGCUGGUCUGACCAGAGCCAGGUCCGCUGAUUCCCCACUCACCCCACAAACACCAACCGAAGUGGUCCUCAGGAGGCCGAGCCGGGAUUUGACAUGCAGCAUCCAUCAGAGAGCAAGCACGGGGAGCCUUUCCACUCCCACCACACCAGGGACGCCUGAGCAGCACCGUCACAGUAGUCCUGUACCUCAGUCACCUCACAGGGUCUCAUGGAUUGAAGAUGGAGUUUGGUUGCCUCCACCCAGGCCUUCUUCUCUGCUCCAGCCGCCAUCCCUAGAGCUUGAUUCACUGUCGAUUAGCAGCAUAGAGGAAGAGCAGGAGACCCAAAUAGCUAGCCCAACACCCCACCACCCUUCAGCACACCGUCUGGCUGAUAAGGUCAUGCACCGUCUGUCAGCUGUGGGCCAGGCACUCGGUGGACUGGUGUCCCAGAAGAAAAGGCUGACCAACAGAGUGGUAGAGCUGAGCGAGAGGAAAGGAACUGCUUUUGGAGAGACGGUGAAAUCAUUUGUAGAGGUGACUCUUAAGGGUGGUUCUGAUCCCAGUGGGCCGAUGGGAGCAGAGUUCCUACAGGAAGUGAGGUCAUCACUUUCAUCGCUCAGGGAGAUCCUGUUGGACUAUCCAGACAUUCAGGCAAUACUGGAUAGUAUUACGGACUUAAAUGACCCUGAAAUUGACUCCCUGGUGGAGAUCACCCUCCACAAAGUGGCCUUGAAACCCGUCUCCUCCCAUCUCUAUUCUUGCAUUCACACCGCCCGGACCAACGACGGCAGCUUCCAACGCCUUCAAGGAAACUUCCUGGUGUUAGAAAAGAACGGGGUCGAAGAACUUGGUGGAUCGAAAGGAGUAGGAGUCCCUGAUCCUCUCACAUUAGACAGAAUACAACAGAGAUGGGCAAGUAUGCACGAAGCAUACUCUCCAAACAAGAAGAUCCAGAUUCUUCUCAAAGUCUGCAAGAGCAUUUACCAUAGCAUGAGCGCUAAUGCCACUUCUAGCACAGGUACAGUGUUUGGAGCAGAUGACUUCUUACCGUGUUUGACCUGGGUUUUGCUCCGUAGCAACCUGAUCAGCUUACAGGUGGACACUGACUACAUGAUGGAGCUGCUGGACCCAACACAGCUACAGGGAGAAGGUGGUUACUACCUUACAACUCUAUACGCCUCUCUCUUCUACAUCAACAGCUUCCAGCCAAGGUUGGCUGCCCGUCAGCUCAGUGUAGAGGCCCAACACUCUAUUAAUCAAUGGCAUCGUAGGCGCACGCUCCACUGCAACAAGUCGCGUCGCAGCGUGCAAAGACGGACGAUUCGCAGGCAGAUGGCCAAGCAGAACCUAGAGACAGAAACUAAGAGCAAGAGUAAAAGUGGGACAGAAAAUGAGUCUGAAGAAGCUGGUGUUACAGGGCAGAGCACAGAAACUAGCACAGAGGCUGACUUUAUGCCAAGUGAGAACACAGAGUGUGAACAGGAACUGGAAGACCAGCCACAGACCUCUGUGCAAACUGACUUUCAAGCUGCAAAACAGCAAGAGAUGAUGACCAGCGAACAGGAAGACAGGCUGAGCGUUUGUACUGAAACAGAAGAAACUAAAGAUGAUUCUGAUGAAGAGCUAAAAGGAGACCUGAGGUGACAAAAUUUGCUGCCAAUAAAUCAUGCAUGAGGAGAGUUUUUUUGCUUUCUGAAACCUAAUAUCUGGUCCAACCUCUCCUCAUUUCUGCACACUGAGACGCAGAGUCUAGAGAUAAGGCAUUUGGCUUAAAUGAGGGUUUGUCAAACAAAAAAAGCUUCUCUCUUAGUCUUAACGUAAAAUGCCUUGCAUUGUCAUUUGUACUCCUUGAACUUUUUCACAUUUUACGACUUUAGAACCAAAGACUACAUCAAAUCUAAACAUGGCCUAGUCAAAGUUCAAGUCUUAUCAAAUUUAGAAGCUAUGGUAAUGCUUGAUAGUUGAUGUUUACAGACGCUCCUUAUUAGUCGCUGAGAGCUUGAGCUGUUACAGAAAGACUUGAUAAAAAUAAAUAUUCGUAGAUGUGCAAAGCUUGUUGAACAAAACCCCAAACAUACCUACAGUGUCAGCUAUUUGGUGUUAAAGGUGUCGACUAGAGGACUUACACACACACACACACACAUAUAUAUAUAUAUAUAUAUGUGUGUGUGUGUGUGUGCAUUUAACACUUUCAACUUUCUGUAUUUGGAAAAUACAGAAAAAGCUUAAAACCCUUAAAAAACAUUGUGUUUCUACUUCUUAUAUUUACUCUGUGCAGGUCAUUUGCACAAAAUUCGCAUUUAAGUUUGUAGCGAUUAAGUGGGAAAAAAUAUUCAGUAAUAAAUAAAUAAGAGGCUGUAGUUCUAUUUGUGAAAAGAUUCAAAAUGAAUCAUGAAUUCACUUCAGUUUACAGCGGAUCUUUCUCCUCUAUUCCUUGUAAUUGGAUGUUAUGGUUUGUAAAAAUUACAUUUUGCAGGAUAGUUACUGAGUUUUGAUUCAGACUGAUCAGUAUUUUCUCUUAGUCCUACAGAAAAGCCUUUGAAGCUAUCAGAUGAAUUCAGAUCUAUGCAAAACAAAAUAAUUUUUUUUAUGCUUUUAAAUGGAUAAACAUAAAUGUGCCCAAAUUUAAAAAACAUUUUUAAUAAUUUCUGCUAGAUGUUCACCAGUGGGAAAUUUGACAGCCAAGUUACCACCUGAGAUGGAUUAGUCUAGUAUGACAGUUAAGCCUUUAGCUGUUUAUUUAUUCAAGGACACCUAAUGUUAAGUUGAUUUCUGUGAUCAGACUUAAGUUAUACACUGGUGUAAUGUUGCUAUUUCCUUUCAGACUGCUGUUUCCAGCUUAUUUAUCAUUGUACAUCAUCAGAUGGUUGUCAAAAAUUGUUCUAAGUAAUCUUUAUUUAACUGAGAGGUUUAUGCUUGAGAUUAUAUAUUUAUGUAUGCAGCUAAAACGUUUUUUUUUUAUUUAUCAAACCGCACCAGUGUAUGGAUGCUAUCUGUGGCACUGUCAUUAUGUCUGCCUUCAAAUAAAGAUG